AUGCAAAAAUUUAUUCGGUUUGUAAAUUGGCUACAAUUAUACAGACUGCGUAAAUAUUUUGUUCUUAAGCAUCACGACAUUGUUUUUGAAUUUAAAGAUCUAAUUAACAUUUUAAUUUUAUCCGGAAUUGCAUAUUAUGCAAGAUCAAAAGCAUUUGAAUAUCCAGCUGGCAUGGUAUUUGAUGAAGUACAUUUUGGCAACUUUACUAAUCAUUAUAUCAAACAUGAAUUUUUCUUCGAUAUACAUCCACCACUUGCGAAGCUAAUAUUUGCUAAAUUUGCAUGGUUAGCAGAAUACGAUGGCUCCAUCGAAUACUCUGAUGAAGGAGAACGCGCUUAUUCGGAUGAAAAAUAUAUAACUACGAGAGUUGCACCUAUCAUGCUUAGUUCUCUUGUCCCUGCUGCAAUGUAUAUAGCUUUACGAUGCAUGGCUUUAUCAAAAAUAGCCAGUUUUACCUCAUCUUUCAUGGCUGCACUUGAUACAACCUUAAUUGCAGAAGGAAAGUUUUGUUUAACAGACGGCACUCUCCAUUUAUUUACAAUGGUUGGUAUGAUCGGUAUAAAUAUAUGGCUUAGCAAAGAAGUUCAGAGUAAAUCUUGGUGGUUGUGGAUUUACAUCGCUUCAAUUUGUAUGAGCUUUGCAUACUCAGUUAAAAAUACCGCACUAUCAUUAUUCUUCGUUGCUGGCUAUGCACAACUCAUGUAUUAUCUUGAUGAAAAAGAUUUCGAAAUUGAUGAAAAUUCAUUUUCCGAAAUAUGCAGAUCGUUGUUUACUAUCGUUUAUCCUGGACUUAUCUUUCACUAUAUUAUAUGGUAUUUUCAUAUUACAACGACUCCAUUCAUUUAUGAAGAUACAAAAGACGACGAAAUACAGUCAUACACUCUCAACUACAAGAAUACAACAGAUCUAACUAAAUGGGUCUAUUGGCCACCAGUUGUAGCGAGAGUUGCAAAUUGUAUUGGUUCUGCUUUUAUGUCUAACGGUCUUAACUUCGAACCUCAUCCAUAUAUGUCACGUCCUAAAGAUUGGCCGCUACUUACAGACGUUUGGGUGAGUUUUUACCAUGAUUACGGACUUAGAACAAAUUGUGUAUGUGCAGGCAACGUUUUUGUCUAUUACACUGCCUUUUUUGGUGUAUUAGCAUGCAUGCUUGGCUUCACAAGGAAAGGUUUUGCUCAUAUUACAAGGUUAAUUGUCGGUUAUUGGAUGUCAUACCUUCCAUUUUUUGGAGUUCCCCGCACAAUGUUCUUGUACCACUAUCUUAUACCUCUUAUGUUCGGUUGUAUGUGUUUUGGAGCUGCUUUGGACCUUUGGAUCAAAAGUGGCUACUGGAAAGGCUUCAUUGCGUUAUCUGUUAUGGUUGCUGCAUUGACAGGGUUCUUCAUUAUCAGUCCUUUGGUCUACGGAUACAAAACUCCUGAAGAUGAUUGGAGAAUUCUGAAUAAAAAGUGGGAAUACGGAAGAGAAGACAGGAAGGAAUAUCAUGACUAUAUGCAGAGCAUGUAUUUGGAACUUAAAACAGCUGAAGAAAAAGAAGAAGCUCAAAAAUCUAACAAAGGUCGGCGGAAAUGA